UACUUUAAUAUUCAACUUCUACUCCACUGCUGCUGACUCUCUGUUCUAAUCACUUGUGAAUUUAGAUUUCUAGAGAGAGAGAGAGGAGAAUUGGGUUAAUGGUGAAAUCUGAGAACUGAAAUUGGGCCAAAAAGAAACAGAGGAAUUAUGGAGCAAGAUGAAGGGAAUAACAAUAAUAAUAAUGGUGGGAUGUUUGUGAAAGUAAUGACUGAUGAACAAAUGGAAGUUCUUCGGAAACAAAUCGCGAUUUAUGCCACCAUUUGUGAACAACUUGUUGAUUUGCACAAAUCGCUUACUUCCCAUCACGAUCUCGCAGGAGUUAGGCUUGGGAACUUAUACAGCGAUCCAUUGAUCACAUCUGGUGGCCAUAAAUUUUCCGGCAGACAACGAUGGACCCCAACACCCGUUCAGCUUCAGAUUCUAGAGCGUCUUUUUGAGCAAGGAAAUGGGACCCCAAGCAAACAGAAAAUAAAAGAAAUCACAUCUGAAUUAUCGCAGCAUGGUCAAAUUUCUGAAACAAAUGUUUACAACUGGUUCCAGAACAGACGAGCCCGAUCAAAGAGGAAGCAACAGGUUUCUGCACCUAAUAAUGGGGAAUCUGAAGUAGAAACCGAAGUUGAGUCACCCAAGCUGCAGCAGAAUUCAGCAUCAACGGCUGAUGAUAACUUGUGCUUUCAGAAUCCAAAUGUAAGUUCUGGGAUAAGUUCUGUGGAUCAACGAGCGAAGAAAGUGGAGCCAGUUUUUCCAUCUGAUGCUAGCUCAAAGCCCGCUGGGAAUGUGGGCCAGAUGUCAUACUAUGGGAGUAUGUUAGCAAAUCCAACUGGUACAUGCGUUGAUGCAGGAAUGGAUCGUAUAAUCGGAAAGAUGGAAGUUCCAGGGAGUUAUCAUCAAUCAUAUAUGCAAGGUGAUGAGUACAACAUGACAGGCUAAGUAUAGUACAACAAGAUCUGCUAGAAGUUUCUGGAAAGAAAUGUCAGGUGAUCCAAGUCUGUUCAAUAGAAAUCUAUCCCACAUUCUUAUUAACACCCUAAGUAUAGUAUAGAUGCUGCUGCAGUUGCUGAUGGAUCAUGAAGCUCUUUAAUUGUUUCUUGUACUUGAUGAUGAUGCAUCUUUCACGGAUGAUAUACAUACAUAUAUAUAUAUAUAGUACGUGUUUCUUGUUCA